UUUAACAGAAAACAAUCACAUUGGCUUUCGGGAACAAGUUCGAAAGUUAAAUGCUUCAAAGAAAUGUGUUACUGGUUUAUCUAUUGAUAUGUGUGAUAGAGGUUUGAUUAUCCAUACAAUGUUUGCUGUAUUUUUUUUUUAUCUAAACUGUGAGUUGAGUGAUUGGAUUUGCUUCUAGCUUCCAGCUGAAUAGUAUAAUUCUUCAUUGUACGUCUUUUUGUUAGAAUUUUUGUGGGGUUGUUGUGAGCGAAUGAUAGGGUGAAAGGAAAUGAGUGAGCAACUAGGGGUUGGGUUUGAGAUACAAUGACUGGAGGGUCAUUGGGUCUACGUACAGGGAGUUAUGGGUCAUUGCAGAGCAUAAAAAAUGUUAUUGCUGGCGGAGGAAGAUUGUUGCACUCUAAACCAGUUGUUAGUGCACGAAAGAACCCAAUCCUGAUGCUUUCAGGUUCUAGGGAAAAGGAGAGAUCUCUCCCCUCCAUUUGGUAUCGGUGUUUGGGUCACCGGAAAGUUUCCAUGCUGUUUCUGGUUGCCUUUUCCCUUUUGGUCUUCGUCUUGGGUUCUUUUCUUGUCAACAAAGAAAGCCGUAGUCCAACUGUUGAUCAACGGAUUGGAACUAUGAGCAUGACUCAUUAUCUGAACGGUGCCCAUAGUGAAGCUAAUAGUGUGAAUGGGGGUGAUGGAAAUAAAUUUAAAGUAUCUGAUUCUAAAGGUGCAAACCAUCCAUGCAUGAAUUUCACAUUUCCUCCUCCCCCUCCACCUCAUCUUAGACGGAUUGGGCCUCGGCCAUGUCCAGUAUGUUACCUCCCCGUGGAUCAGGCCAUAGCUAGCAUGCCAAGCUCCCUAUCAGAAUCUCCAGUGCUUCAUAAAUUGGUGUAUGUUCAUGAUGAAAAUCCAAUCAAAACUGAACCACAUGGGGGCUCUGACUUUGGUGGAUAUCCAUCUCUAAAGCAAAGAAAUGAUUCGUUUGAUAUAAAAGAGUCAAUGACAGUCCACUGUGGAUUUGUCAAGGGAAGUAAACCUGGUCACCAGACUGGAUUUGACUUUGACGAGUCUGAUCUGGAAGAGUUGCAGCAGUUCCACGAGAUCAUUGUUGCAUCGGCUAUAUUUGGGAACUAUGACGUGAUACAACAGCCCAGGAACAUCAGUGAACUAACAAAGAAAAAUGUUCCUUUCUACAUGUUUAUUGAUAAAGAAACAGAAGCAUAUAUGAAGAAAAAAAGUGUGCUGGAUGACAUUAAAAAGGUGGGCUUGUGGAGAAUUGUUGUGAUUCACAAUGUUCCUUACAGUGAUGCAAGACGUAAUGGCAAGGUCCCAAAGCUUUUGUUACAUAGAAUCUUCCCAAAUGUUCGCUACUCUUUAUGGAUUGACGGAAAGCUCCAGCUUGUUGUAGAUCCUUAUCAAGUUCUUGAGAGAUUCUUGUGGCGCCAUAAUGCUAAUUUUGCUAUCUCGAGACACUACAGACGAUUUGAUGUCUUUGUAGAGGCUGAAGCAAAUAAAGCUGCAGGAAAAUAUGAUAAUUCAUCGAUUGAUGCACAGGUGGAUUUUUAUAAAAAAGAGGGAUUAACACCAUAUUCUGAGGCCAAGCUUCCUAUAACUAGUGAUGUUCCUGAAGGUUGUGUACUCAUAAAGGAACAUAUUCCAAUCACAAAUCUUUUUACCUGCCUGUGGUUCAAUGAAGUUGAUCGUUUUACGUCUCGGGACCAAUUAAGCUUUGGUAUGGUGAGGGAUAAGAUAAUGGCGAAAGUUGAUUGGCAUAUCAAUAUGUUUUUGGAUUGUGAACGACGCAAUUUUGUCAUACAGGCAUAUCAUAGAGAUCUACUGGAGCACAUGCCUCCACCAGUUGUGAUUCGACGCCCACCGGCUUUGCCAAAUACAAAUGUCCAUGGAAGAAAUCAAGGGAAGAGGACUCCAAGACGUGGUAGGGAUAAGAGAUCUGGUUCGAGACGUCACCGUAGGGCUUCUGCUGGUAAUAGAGAUGGCACUUUCUUUUAAAUGCUUUUUGAACCAAAAAGAAGAGAAGAGAAGAGAUCUCGUUCUCUU